AUGGCAAUGCCACAGCAACGUGACUACUUAGUCGUCGGUAACAAUCCUCAACGUACCACCACCACCGGCAGGAUAGUCGUCCUGAAUGGCUUCCCGGGCACAGGCAAGCUCACUAUUCUAAAGCAAGCCAAAAAGCUCUUGCCCGCCGACACGACCAUCCUCUUGGACAACCACCUGCUCAUUGACCCCGUAAUGGCAGUCAUACCCGACCGAAGCGAUGAACACCACGAGCUGCGCCGCAAGUUACGGGCGCCCAUCUUUAAGAAGCUAGGAGAAUGCGCACAAGAGGGCUACGUCAUCUUCAUGACGGCAUGCCUGGCCGAAGAUGACGUGAGGGAUACCGCCGUCCUCAAGGAGCACCUCGACAUGGUGCGCGGGACCGACGUACCCAUCAUUUGGGUGAAUGUACACUGUGACCAGACAGCCCUGGAGCGUCGCCUUAGGAGCCCCGAGCGCUGCCAAGGGGCCAAGACGAAGCUGACGGAGGUGCGCGUACUCCAGGACCUGCUGCGUGAGCACCGCCUCAUUGAGCCGAGUAAGAGCGCCGACGGAUCGACGAAGCUAGUAGUAGAAACCUUGGAUGUGAGCGGGCCGGUGGAACUCUCUGUCAGCCGUUUGAUGAGCGCGAUCGGUUUUUAA